GUGUUCUCCGAAUGCCCAUAAUAAUCCGGUGCAGAAAUGUCAGCUAUGUUGCAGCUCUGUGUUUAUUUUUCACAUUCACUCUACAAAGAGUCACCUUGUGAAUAUUUGGUUAAGGGAUGGCAAAAUGCUCAUUGUGGGAGCACGUCCAGCAGACUGUUUAAAGAGCACAUCUCUUCAUGUGGUUUACGUGCCUCAGCUCCGCUGUAGCCUAUUGGGCGGGUCUCACUGGACUCUUUUUGGGACGGUGAUGUUGUUCUGAGGGACUGUGAGGCUGAGGAAAAGGGAGCACUGUUCUGCUCAGAGGAAAUGGGCGUUCUCCUCGGAAAGUUUGGCUGGGGUGCUUGAAAAAAUAUAGGGAGGUGUGGCACUGCCCGAAAGGAGAGGACCACCAAGAGGGUUGGAGCGUAGUAGAGUAGUGAGAACGCUGCUAACUUACAUUUGAGAUCCUAACGUGCACACUGAAAAUGGCAUACCUGGUAAUGUUUGUGACCCUGCUUCAUCUCAUCACCCUGGCCAUGCUGUUCAUUGCAACCAUGGAGAAGUCCUGGUGGGUGUGGGAUGGCAUGGAGAACUCUGACUUGUGGUACAACUGCAGGUUCGACAACUUCACAGGAACCUGGCUGUGUGCAUCCUCCAAAGAAACUGAGUGGCUCCAGGCAGUGCAGGUGUUGAUGGUACUCUCUGUUGUCUUCUCCUCUGUCUCCUUCCUGGUCUUCCUGGGACAACUGUUCACCAUGUCUAAGGGUGGACUCUUCUACUUCACUGGACUUUGUCAAGUCUUCGCAGGUCUCACUGCAUUUUCCGCGGCUCUCAUCUACUCACUACACCAUAAGGAGAUCCUUCCCAGCUCCAAAGAACUGACUUCAGGACACUUCGGCUACUGCUUCAUCCUGGCCUGGGUGUGUGUCCCUUUGCUGCUGUGCAGUGGUGUCGUAUACAUUCACCUGCGCAAGAAAGAGUGACCAGGAAAACUGCAGUAAAAAAAACAAACAAAACAUUUACAGGGUAUUGUAGUCACAUAUAUCUGUUAUUUAUGUGACUAUGUUUUUUUAUUUUAUUUUAGAUAAAUGUACUGUAUAUUAGAAAUCAGUUGGAAAAUACUGGUCGGUAUGUCAGGAUGUUGUUGAACUAAACAAUUAGUAAAGAUUUAUAUUUUAUGAUCCAUAUGUUUGAUUUAACUGCUGUUAUGACAUUUAUCACAGAAGACAGGUUUAGCAGCGCAGAGCAUUUUAGUUAGUAAAGUAUUAAAGGCAUUAGAAUGACUAAAAA